AUGGAAGUAUCAGAUGAUGAGGAUGAGGUACUGAAGAAGGUCCCCCAAGCCAAUCUUUCUUCGGAUGAAGAGGAAGACUUAGCAAUAGUGAUACAGUUGUCCCUCUCCACUCUCUCAUCAUACCAUCAUUUGUUGGCCACAGUUCAAAAGCUUGCUGAGACACAAACUACAGAUCCUAAGGGCAAAGCUAGGAAGCAACAUCUGCCUGGUUGGUCAUCUUGGACGUGGUCUGAGGAAUAUCUACCUCAAAAUAUGCACUAUGAUAUUCAGGCGUCCUUCACUGCUUUGAAGGAACUAGAGAACUAUAUCAUCAGAUCUCGUGGUUGGAGUAUGAUUGUUGUCCUUGGACUUGGACUCCUCCUUCAUGAGUGUCGCCAUACUCAGGAGUAUGAAGCAGAUGAGGCUGGAGAUGAUGUACCUGAAUAUUUGGGCACCUUCAUCCUUGGCAUUCAGGUAGGGGAGAAGAUUGAGGAGGCAAUUACUAGAAUUCAGGCGAAGGUGGAGGCAAUACUGCCAGAUGAUUAUGAGAAGCAGAUGUCAGUGACCAAAGAAGUUCAUAUGAGAUGUCUGGAGAACAAAAGGCAGGUGAAAGAAAGGAGGGAGGCAGAGCAGGCAAGGGUUGCUGCAGAGAAGAAAGCUGCUGAGGAGGCUUGGAUGGCUGAGGAGGCUCGAGUGGCUGAGGAGAAGAGAGUGGCUAAGGUGGCUUGA